GGUUUGACAAUAAUUUGUUUUGGUAAGGUUGUACUAUAAUUGUUGUUGUUGUUGUUGUUGUUUUUGAUCUCUUGUUAAUUAAUUGAUUGUGAUAGUUAAGUGAUGAUAACUGUAAGUGUAACAUGAAAAUUUUUUAUGAGAAGAGUUGUUAAUUAAAAUGAUAGUAUCCAAACAAGUGGUUAAAUCGAGGCAAAAGUAUCCAUGCCCAUCCAAUAACACUAUAAAUUGUUAAUGUUAACAACACAAUCAUCUGUGGCCCAGCCACAACCCCAACAGCGACCUCAACAACCACCUUCAUAUCAUUUAAAAUGGAUCAAAUGGAAAGGGAAUAAAUGUCCGAUAGUCACUCAAAAUGAAAAUGGUCCUUGUCCGCUGAUUGCUAUAAUCAAUGUUUUAUUGAUGAAAGGACGAUUACGUCUACCUUCAAUGAUGGAAGUAAUCACAGCAAAUCAAUUAAUGGAAUAUCUUGGCGAUUGUAUAUUGGAAAAUAUCCCUAAAGGCCUGAAAGAAGAAAAUCAACUUAAUUAUGAACAAAAUAUGCAUGAUGCUAUCGCUAUUCUUCCCAAGCUGCAAACCGGAUUAGAUGUUAAUGUUCGCUUUUCCGGUGUCUCUGAUUUUGAAUUCACACCCGAAUUAAUUUUCUUUGACCUUCUCCACAUUCCUCUUUAUCAUGGCUGGCUUGUUGAUCCAAAUGAUGUCGAAACAGUAUCAUCUAUUGGUAAUCUGAGUUAUAAUCAAUUGGUAGACAAAAUAAUUACUCAUAAAACCUCUACACGGCCAGAAUCAGCCUUCGAAGCUUUAGUUGUCGAACAAUUUUUGGAAAGAACCGCCUCGCAGUUAACCUAUUUUGGUUUGUCUCAGUUAAAUUCAACGUUAAAAGAUGGUGAACUUAGUGUUCUCUUCCGAAAUAAUCAUUUUAUUACAUUAUAUAAACAUAAGGAUCAAUUAUUUCAAUUGGUAACUGAUCAAGGUUUUCUAACUGAAUCUAGAGUAGUUUGGGAAACACUCAGCAAUAUUGAAAAUGAUGGAUUAUUUGUUGAUGGUGACUUUACUCCAGUUCCUCCUAAGACUUCCUUAACUGUCGAAGAUCAGCAAGUUCAAGUUGAUCAAGAUUACCUUAUUGCAUUAAGUCUUCAAGAAGAACAGAAAAAGGAGUUCGAGAAAGAAAAAGAAUGGGAAAAUUUUAAAACAGAGAAUGGUUUGAAUGAGCUUAGUGACGAGGAAUUCGCGCGUAGACUGCAAGACGAAGAAAAACGUAAAGCAGGACAAUUAGUUAGUUACCAGGAGCCUCAAACUGGGCAAACAUCUCAGAAUGAAAGCCAGUCAAAUCUCGAUUUAAACGUUGAACCUAGAGAAAACUUCAGGUCACUUCAAUCGGGAAAUAGGAGAAGUCAGAGUUUACCAUCGAGAAAAAAUAGCAGCAAACCAGAUGAAAAGUCGUCAAAGUGCUCAGUGAUGUGACACCUAUUUAAACAAAUUAACAUUGUAUAAAACAAUAAAAAGCAUCAUCAACAUUGGUUAGUGAACAAGGCCAAAUAUUUUUUAUUAUAUUUACUUGAUGACUAGAUCUCAUUGAUGCGAGCCUAUGAUUUGAUGGUCGAAAAAUCCAAAUUAUGGAUAAGCGAGUUAUUUGAAUCGCCACUGAUCAACUGACUGCACAAUUCAGAUCACAUCAAGUACGGGAAUCACAUAACCAUGAUAACUUGAAGAAAAUUUGCGUAACCAUGAGACAUAAAAGAUAAAUUUGUAAUUUUUCUGUACAAUAAACAUGUACAAUAAACUUUUAACACUUCAUCAUUA